ACAAAAUAUUUUAAUAUAUCAGACACUUACAUUGUCACUCACACAUUUGCAAACUUCAUCUUUUUCUUGCCUCCUUCCUUCACAGCCUGUCAAGCCUGAAUUAUUAACUAACCUCAAAGUCAGUCUCAUAAUUGUUGCUUUCUAUGAACUAUCUUUUGUCUCUCAAGGAGAACUAUGAGAGAAUUUUCCACUUGUAAUAGUAUUACUAUUAUAGAUUAAGUGUGAAAAUGGUUGCAUGAGAAUGUCAUUCACCAGAGAAAUCUUUAAUUCUGCUACUUCAUAUUACAGGCAUGGAAAUCAAAAUUGAAUAUUCUAUAAAUGUUCUAGCAAUAAUAGUAGGGAGCAACAACUUAACUUUGGGUGGAGUGAAUGUGUGGGAGCAUUAUAGAAUCCAUCAUGGAUAAGAAGCAGCUUGACAGAAACAAUAUAGAAUCCAUCAAAAAGACAAUGCAGAUGCAUGAAGACAUCUUCAAACACCAGGUAAGAGAACUACACCGAAUAUACGAUGUGCAGAAGAUGCUGAUGAAUGAGCUAAGAAACAAGAUUAGACAACAAAGUUUUUGGAGUCCAAUGAAUGACAUAGAUAAGCAAAUUUCAAGAGGUUUUGAUCUUGAAAAGCCGGCCGCGGAAAACACUUUGAUAGGAUCAUCAUUUUGCAUCAAUGAAGGUGAGGUAGGAACUAGUUCCUACACUGCUGCAUUUCAGAAUUGUAAUGAAGAAAUGGAAGUUGAUUUGACAUUAAGCAUAGGAGGUAGCAAGGUUAAGAAUAGUACUAUGAAACUUCAGUUAGGAGAAUGCAGUGACACAGAAGCCCCUAUUAGAAGCAACAGUGUGACUUUUACUCAAGGUUUAUAGCUUAAAUAGCAGUUUAUUAAUUAACUUUUUUGUUUCUUUGUAAUUGUUGUAACACUUCGAUUUUGCAUGAACCACUGAAUUUAGAUGGUUCGUGCAUUCACACGUUUCU